AUUGUUUUUAUCGUGAAGUAUCCCGAAAGAAAAGAAUAUCGGACGGGGAUGGAAUUUGGGUCUCUUGUUUGAAAGCCAUGUCUCCGGUGGGAGCAUGCCAUUUCUUCUUUGCCAAAUCGCCUGGGUCCUCAACUACGAUCCUCCCUUAACGAAAACCGCAGUUCAUCAUGGACCGCAACUGGCAUCCGGCCGUUCAGGUCGUCAUCAAUGGCCAUCCUCAAGCGCAAGCUCACAAUUCCAGUGGGCUACCGCAGCACCGGGAUAGGCCAUUAUCCGUGGAGGAGGCUUUGCAGUACUCGCCCAUGUCGAGUUCUCCGAUAUUUGGCUUAGAUUGCAUACUGCGUCCUGAUGUUGGUCGACCCCCUCAUACUACCUCUAUCAACCAUAUCCUACAGUCCGGCCGUACUACCUUGAACGAACUCAACGGUGAACUAUCAUCAGGGCGCGAUGAGUCGAGUCGUUUAGAGACAUCUCGGGAAUACCUGCAACAGUUGUUGGAUGGUGACCAGUUAACUGAAUUCAAGUUCAAGCUUCCCAUAGCCGCCCGUAAUACUCAACAUUCCCUUCCGAUUGUUUCCAGCGAACAUACUCCCAGCCGCCACAAUUUGGGCUCAUUUGCUAGAAAGAUGUUGGAAUCAACAGAUAUAGCAUUUCGCUACCCCACGCCAUCGCAAGCGGAGGAUGAAAGGCGCUCUCAGAAGGCUAGCUCCUGGAAUCAGAAAGCACAUGCGAUAAAUAAGACAACACCGGCGUCCUACAAUCAACAAAAUCAUACGUCGAGCCGCCUGUCCGUGGUAAUUCCGGUAAAACCAAUAUCACCAGAUGCCGAUGACCGCGGAGUCUCAAAGCGGAGGAAGCUCAAUACCGAUGGGGACGAUAGCCUUGCAGCAAUUCGACUCAAGGACCAGAAAGAAGAGGCAGACGCCGCUCUAGUGAAACUGCAGGACUUACUUCAUGAGAUAUUCGAGGCCGAGGACCAACUGGAACCCGGGACAUCAUCUGCCACCAUAGCUGAACAUCCAAACGCGAUUUUCUCGGCUCCCCAGGCUAUUGAUAUCAGUGGAUCGCUUAUGUCGUCGGAUAUCCAUAGUCGUCUCCAGAAGACUAUCAGGAAGGUGGUUGGUUUUAAUAGGCUUCAGGAUAUUCCUUCGGACUAUAUAAGCAGGAUCCAAAAGCUCUGUGAAAAGCCCAUCAUUGCUGCACAAGCGCCUGAUUUGAGUUUAGAGGACCCUUCCAACGACUCCGAAGCACAAGAAUGGCUGAAGAAGGUGGAGGAUAUCCACAACGCACUUCUUGCAAUAGGCACGCUAUUACUGACGAUGUCGGGCUCUCAAACGGAACGGGAUCUUUGCCCUGAGGAUCUGAUCGAAGCUAUUCCAAACGUUCUUAACCAAGCCUUUGACCAUUGUGUCAUCCCCGCCGUAGAAGCUCGACCCGGCGGGAAAGACGCCCGACAAUUUGAACUCUUUUCUACCCAAAAACGUGUUCUUGGAGGGUUGAUUCAACAGAGCAAAAAGGCUCUUGCGCUCUUUGCUGAUUUCCUUGCAAGAAUAGACGUUUCCGAGGGAACAGUCACAGCGGCUGAAUUCUUGGCGUGCAAAUUGAUAUUUGUAGAGAAUUCUCAUACGGAGAAAGACUCUGCAGUGGGCUUUCAAAAAUAUGAGUCCGUUCGACGUGGGGCUAUGGAUGUCCUUGCAAAAAUAUUCUCCAAAUAUCCCGCUCAGCGUCCAUUCAUUUUGGACGAGAUUCUGGUCUCGCUAGAAAAAUUGCCGUCAACGCGGCAAAGUGCGAGGCAAUUCAAGCUUGCUGAUGGAAAAAGCAUUCAGCUUCUAACGGCAUUGGUCAUGCAACUGGUUCAAACAACUGCUUUAGAUGUACCGACCUCGCGUUCAUCCAGAACGAAACCCAAGCUUCCGCCUCCGGGCGACGAAGAAGAAGAGCAGAUGGAUAAUGCACCGGGAAGAGAUGAUGAUGAUGAUGAUGGGUCCGAAUUAAGCAUGGAGCAGCUGGCAACAAAAGUCAAUCGCCUCUACGACAAUGCUGUCCGUAGUGCUCAGUACAUAGUCAAGUUUAUUGUUCAACGAGCAAUGACAUCCACCAAAACCGGCGACCAGCCCUAUCGGAACAUCCUUGAUUUGUUUACCGAGGAUCUGAUUGGUGUGCUGGGGUCGACAGACUGGCCCGCCGCCGAGUUGCUUCUUCGCAUAAUGGCCUCUCACAUGGUUGGUAUAGCCGACUUGGAUAAGAGCCCUGCUACUGCAAAGAGCAUGGCACUUGAGCUCCUCGGCUGGAUGGGAUCUGCGAUAUCAGAUCUUAUUGUGACUGCUCACCAUCUACUUCCGACCAUGGAAGAAUCUGACAGUGACCAGACCGACUACCUAAAACAAUUACUUGACGAUUACUCAGGCCGCGCUCUUCAUCCCCAGGACCUCGUUCUCCCAGAAGGCCCCUACCGAAUGACUUUGGAGUAUUUCCUUCAAGUUCGUCACUUAGACGACUGGCAACUCACUAGUGCUCGGGGUUACUUUCUGGCACAGUGGGCGAAGUCUUUCUGCUCAGUCUAUUAUAAUGCAGACGAGAACGACGAUGUCACUUAUGAUGAUAUGACUGAAAACCUGGUCGAUCUUUUUGCGAAACUGUUCUCUGACCCACUCUGGUUGGAAACCCACAAGCAUUUUAACAAUAUAUCCGCCGCACAUGGAAAAUUCUCAUAUAUAUUGACUGUCCUAAACUCAAGCUUUUGCAAAGCUUUCGACACGAUUUUGAAGGUUCUGCUCAAUUCGAUUGCUAGUGACCAAGCCAAAGUUCGCAGUCGCAGCUUGAAAAGUGUCAUCUACAUGCUUGAGAAGGAUCCAAGUCUUCUCGACAGGGACACAUCGGUAAUGCGCGUUAUUCUUCGGUGUGCUACUGAUGCAUCACCAAUGGUGCGUGACUCCGCACUCUCUCUGAUUGCAAAAUGUAUUUCCCUCAAACCGAAGCUUGAAGAGGAUGGUUGUCGAAGCAUAUUAACUUGCGCCGCUGAUCCGACCGCCGGGGUGAGGAAACGUUGUAUCGGUCUACUCAAGGACAUUUAUCUCAAGACCUCGCGAACUGAGUUGAAGUUAGCGAUACUGGACAGCUUUCUUCAGCGAACAGGGGAUAUUGAAGAGAGUGUGUCAGCUUUAGCGCGUCAGACUUUUGAGGAGAUCUGGCUGGCCCCUUUCUAUGAUAUUAUUGAUUCAGCGCAAGAUAGCCCCAAGUUGAAAGUUGGCUUGGGAGAAAGGGUGACGCUGUUUGUUAGCCUGGUGCAGCGCAGCGAGACCGCACUCGAAACACUUGGCGGCUGUCUCAAAAAGAUUUUGUCUGACAGUUCCAAAUUCUCGUCCCUGAAUUUCAAAGUGUGCAAAGCAAUGGUUUCAACGAUGUUCGAAAAGUUGGUGGAAGAUAACGAUGCAGGCAAAGAUUUCCAGCAAGCUCUCUUGCAAACGAUAACUGUGUUCGCAAAAGCAAAUGCCAAGCUAUUUCGCCCCGACCAGUUGGAGACCCUUCACCCUUACAUUGGGCACCUUGCCACUGCAGAAGACCUCUUCCUCUUCCGGUCUGUGGUAGUGAUAUAUCGAUGCGUUCUACCAUUUCUCUCCUCUGCCCACAAUGCUCUCUUGAAGGAAGUGCAGAAUGAUCUUUUCAAGAGCGUGGCCAAGCUUGCUCGCUCAGAACUGAACGAAGUGAUGGCUUGUCUUUGGACUAUCAACGGGGUCUUGCAGAAUACCGACAGGCUUGUGAAGCUCACAAUUUCCGUGCUCAAACCGAUACAGCACUACAAAAAUAUUGAUCUUUCUGGUAAUGCCAACAUGGCUGUAUUGGCUAGGGCUAAAAGUUACAUUCGAAUCGCGGGCUGUGUCGGACGGCACUGUGAUCUCGAAAAGUAUGAACCACACUUCAAAAAUGCUUUCCCUUCUUGGGACGGCGGCUCUGUUGCUGGUUUGAUGGUCGACUCGAUCAUCCCGUUCACCCUUGCGCAACAGCCACUCGAAUUAAGAGUAAUGGCCCUGGAGAGCCUGGGCUCCAUCUGUCAGUCUUGGCCUGCUCAAUUCAGCCGAGAUGAAUCGAGACGGAUAUUAUCCAUGGUGUUCAAGGAAGAUAACCCGAGCCUUCAGAAUAUCGUCUUAAGGGCAUUUGCAGACUUCUUUGCCAUGCACGAAGGCAAGACCGAAAAGUCCGUUUUGCCUGCUUCCGAAGCUUUAGAUCAAGAAAGCACUACGAGGUUAGGCGGCUCAUUGAAAGCCAGUGAUAAUGAUGGGGCAGCCGCAUUAAUCGCUCAACACUUUCUCCAGAAUAUGCUUCGGGUUGCGCAGUCUCGGCAGGAUUCGUAUGCCCUGACUGCUAUUGAAUUGAUCGCUAGUAUUAAUCGCCAGGGGCUUGUCCAUCCAAAAGAAUGCGCAGGUGUGCUAGUGUCACUAGAGACCUCUACCGUUCCCUCUAUCGCUAAGGUUGCAUUCGAGACACAUAAAAUGCUUCAUCAGCAGUAUGAAUCUAUGUUUGAAAGAGAAUACAUGCGGGCCGUACAGGAGGCCUUCUAUUACCAACGCGACGUUGUCGGAGAUUCCACUGGUGCGCUGAGCCGUCCGUAUAUUGCCAAAUUAGCACCACUGUUUGAGAUAAUCAAAAUCAGUAACAGUCGUUAUCAGAAGAAAUUCCUUUCGAAUCUUUGCGCGAAAGUUAACUUCGAGCUGAAAAAGCUUGAUACCGUCGGCAAUCCACCCGAGCACCUUUUACUGGCCCGGUUCGUGUCUCAUAACCUCGCUUUCUUUGAAUACGCUCAGCUUGCCGAGCUUGUGCCAACUAUUGGUUGCAUGGAGCGAGUUGUGGCUUCUACUGGGACGGUUGUAGCCCAUGCCAUUGAAACAGAACUCUUUUUCGCUAGGCUAGAGCCACGACAAGCGGAUGGAGUAACUAUUCCUUCCCCAGAGGCUCCAGCUAAUCUUCUGCCCUUGCAGCAGGUCAACUCUGGCGCUCUGCGUCAGUUAGCUACCGCAGCCGCGGCACUUUCGAUGCUUUGGGAAGCUCGCACGUACCUUCGUCGACUUUAUGGAGUUACUGCCCACGUUCGAAAGAAGGAAGCUAAAGCUACAUCCAAAGAGCUGAACAAGUCGGCCACUAAAGUCCACGGUGUGACUGGCGAUAAAUGUUGGGACGCCAUUGAUCGGAACAUGGCAUCCUUGGACAGUGAAGAGAACAUGAUUAGCAAGUGUCGAGAGUUUGCCACGUUGCUUGCCAUUGACGAUGAAUUCAAAGUUGGCGAAGACAUGGACGCGGAAGGUGAUGACGGUGUUACUGAUAUGGACGAUCCCGCGGUUCUUGGACUCUCCAGUGGGCCGCGUCCUAUGAAACGAAAGAGCUCCAUCUCGGGACAGAAUCCCACAAAGCGACCUCGAGGUAGAAAGCCUGGGUCAGGGAAAAAAAGAGCCAGCACAGAGUCUGAUGCUGAAUCAGAUUGGAAUUGAGGACCUCCCGUAAUUUUGUUGGCUGCCAGGCGUAGCCAACCCUUUUUAUUGUUUAUUGCAUAGACGUCGCAUAUGGGACCGGGUUGGCGUUGGUGAUACACGGUUUGUUUUCAAAUUCCCAGUGACAUGACAUGUUUUUCGAAAGGCGCUAAUGGGCGUCUUUGCAUUCCAUUUACCCUUCCCCCCCUACAUUCUGUUCUCUUCUACCACAUUAUUUGGGUGGUCGUCUAUAUGGUGGCGGCGCACGUCAUUUACGGUCAAGGCUAUAUGCGUUCCCACUGUAAUCUAGCAGAACCACCUAAAUGGCGGUCUUGGGCAGUCCAGACUUGCAUGUACUAUCUUUCUCGUAUAUUUUUACUUUUACUUUAUUCU